CCCCCACCAUAACUUGACCCACAUGAGGCCGAAUGCCACUGCCCGCCUGCCGCAAUCGAGCUUUCGCCUCAGCAUGCUUGCAGCUUGCUUAGUUGGAAUGUUUCGUUGCCUGUUACACACAACAUCAUCAGCGCGACAGACACUGCUACUUUCCUUCGAUUGUGUCUGAUACAGUUAUCCGAUCCUCUCACAACAUCUAUCACGGCCAAUCUUCAUAAAGGAUCACGAAAUUUCGCGUAUACCCCAACUACCCUACAAUAGCUCGGCGAGAGCAACCGUUUGACCACGAUGGAGCUGCCACCGAAUCCCGGCCUCGUGGACGUCCAACGCGAUGCUCUUUACGCCUACGACUCAGAAGCCCACAAAGCCGUUGUCAACUCGCGACCAUGGACCAACGAUUACAAAUACUUCAAGACCGUCCGCAUCUCCUCCGUUGCCAUGAUCAAGAUGGUCAUGCACGCCCGCUCCGGCGGCAAUCUCGAGGUCAUGGGUAUGAUGCAGGGCUACAUUGAGGGCAGCACCAUGGUCAUUACCGACGCCUAUCGUUUACCGGUAGAGGGCACAGAAACCCGCGUCAACGCCCAGGACGAAGCGAACGAGUACAUGGUCGAGUAUCUCCGUCUCUGCCGUGAGGAGAACCGCCUUGAGAACGUUAUCGGGUGGUACCACUCACACCCAGGUUAUGGCUGUUGGCUAAGCGGUAUCGACGUCGGCACCCAAUCCCUACAACAGCAGUUCAACGAGCCGUUCGUCGCAGUGGUGAUCGACCCGGACAGGACAGUAAGCCAGAACAAGGUUGAGAUCGGCGCGUUUAGGACGAUUCCAGAAGGGAUCAAGCCUCCCGCAGCAACCAACACGACAACGGGCGAUGGACAGAGCGUCCCUCUGAACAAGGUGGAGGAUUUUGGCGCUCAUAGCCAUCGAUACUACGCGCUCGACGUUGAGCACUUCAAGAGCACACUCGAUAGCAAGCUGUUGGAGACGUUGUGGAACAAGUACUGGGUGCAGACGCUGGCCCAGAACCCGCUGCUUACCAACAGGGACUACACGAGCAGCCAAAUGGUGGAUUUGGGAUCCCGCAUUUCGAAGGCGUCGAAAUCGCUGGAGAUGCUCUCAACGACUGGGCAAAGAGGUCCUAAGAGUGAUGCGGUCGAUCAAAACAUAGAGAAAUUGCUCAGCGAAGUGAAGCAGAUUGCUGCAAAGGAGAGGUCUGGACUGAUGGCGGCGGACGUCAAAGGCAAAGUGUUUGGCUGUGGCUGUCGUGGGCAGGCAGAGGGUGUCCAGCCUGAAAAACCAUGAUAUUUUUGGAUGCUGCAGUGAGGACAAGGGUGAACAUCAUUGCGCGAGUCUCUGGAACGGAAGGAAAUGCGAUUAGGCCAGCAUGGGUAGCACCAAAGAGAUAUCCCCACAUUAGAGAGUCCCAGGGAGCAUUUAUGGAGGCGCAUGAGAAUCGUUAGGGACAACAGGACCGCAUGGACG